AUGUUGUUUUUUGUGGUUUUUGGUGUUUGGUUUUCGGCAGGCGUUACGGCAGAUACGUCGAAUUAUUUCUGCGCCGAUAUGAACCCUCAGCAUCAUGUUAUUGUUGAACAGCUGAUGGGUAUGUGGUUUGGCGUGGAAAUAAUUAACCACCAAGACGAAAUGUUUCAAACCAGAACAGAAUUUUCAUGUCCUGUCAUUCACAUAUCCGAAGACAGGGAAGCAACUUCGACCUUUAACCCUUUGUACGAUGGUUACAACUAUGGAUAUAACUAUGGAAAAGAUCACCCUUAUGGAGUAACCUACAGAACUACUACAGCAUAUACAGACCGAACAACCCAGAACGAAGUACGUCGAAGAAUCUACGAACAAACCGAAUAUGAUCGGCAAACCACUUACGGAAACUACCCGAACAUUCGCAAACAGCACAUGUUCGAUAUGAGACAAACUGGUCUAGAUGUGAAAUAUUUGAGACUGAUUUGGGAUGAGAAUGGAGAAAAUACAGAGUUCCAUAUAAGGUACAAUGUCAGCAGAUCAGGAUUUUGGAUAACCUCAGGCCCUGAAAGUGGAGGAGCUUCGCUUGAACCCCAAUUCAAACACUUCGCCGGUACUAUUCAAGUAUUAAAAGCUGUAGGUAACCACAUGGUCCUCACCUUCUGCCACCAACUACCUGAAAGAAAAUUGUACUCCGUUCUACUUUCCAGGAAUUUAAAACUAGACCAAGUUGAGGUACUUGGAGUCCACAAUAUGUUGAACAGAAAGGGACUCAGGACUAAUUCUGUCAAACACACUUGUAGUAGCAGUAUUAAGAACGAGUUUAAUGUAUUAAUUAGUUUCGUAGGUUUGACUGUUUGUUGGUUACUUAAAUUCUAUUGGUAG